UCGAAUCUCUCUGCCAUUAAAACUCUCUCAAUGCCUCCGUCUUUAUAGGCUCAUCUGUCAUCUCCUCUCCAUUUUUUUUUAAUGAUCCAUUCCUCUUCAUUCUCGCUCCUUUCGGUGGUUCUUCUUCCUUCUUCUUCUGCAACACUACUUCUUGGUCCUGUUUCCAGCUGGGAAGGUCGACAUAACACAACUCUCUUUCUAUCUUCUGUUUGUUUUCUUUAAUGCUCUCUCCGUGAAAACCGAGGUUUAUUUUUCUCCGGCAUAGUUUGUGUCGCCGGAACAUGGUUGAAUCUGUAUCGUCAAGCGAUAAUGAUGUCGGAAGUCUUAAACCUUCGCAUUUCCAAACAGCUGUCUGUUUUGCCUUUGGAUUCUUUCUCUCGAGGCUGUUCCUCGAUAAAUUCGUCUUUCAUAGGAUAGCUGUUUGGCUUUUGAGUACAGGUUCUUCUCCACUAAAACUAAACGAUGCUACUCGUGGGAAAAUUAUCAAAUGCAAAGAGUCCUUGUGGAAACUGUUGUACUAUGCUAGUUGUGAGUUACUUGUUCUCGAAUUCGUUUAUCCAGAGCCGUGGUUUGGAGAUCUUAAACUCUACUUUGACGGAUGGCCUAAUCAAGAGCUCAAGUCUUGUUUAGAGCUUUUCUAUAUGUGCCAGUGCGGGUUCUAUGUUUAUAGUGUUGCUGCGUUGCUUGCGUGGGAGACCAGAAGAAAGGACUUUGCGGUUAUGAUGUCUCAUCACAUAAUUACCAUCAUCCUCAUUGCCUCCUCAUACUUAGUGGGCGACGUGUUUAUGGAAUCUGCAAAGAUUUUCAAGUAUUCGGGAAAAGAACUUGGAGCAAGUGUUUGUUUUGGAUUAUUUGCUAUCUCUUGGUUUUUGCUGCGGUUGGUAUACUUCCCAUUUUGGAUCAUCAGGGCUACGAGCUUGGAACUACUGGGAUAUUUGGAUAUGGCAUCAGUUAAAGGCUCAUUGAUGUACUAUGCAUUCAAUACAUUGUUGCUAAUGCUAUUAGUUUUCCACAUAUAUUGGUGGUAUCUCAUUUGUGCAAUGAUCAUAAGACAGCUUGAAAACAGAGGAAAAGUGGGAGAAGACAUAAGAUCAGAUUCAGAGGACGAUGAUUAGGAUUUGCUAGAACCUGGAGGCCAUGGUGAAAAAUUGGUUUCCACAUAUCUCAAAAUGACACUUUGUAGCAAUGCACUCAUUAGCCUGGAGUAGAGAGAAGUAAGAGAUUUUUUUUUUGUUUUUUUUUGCAAAUUUGGACAGUGAAAUAGGAAAACUGUAUCUUGUAUUUUAGUUUUGUAAACGAGAAUUCAACCCCUUUGUGUACGGGGUCAUAACUAAAUUUAGUUGACAGUGUUAACUCAAAAGAAGAUGGUCUGAUUGGA